UGCAUGCGCUCAAAGGAUCCAAACCAUGUUUGGGUAGGCGAGUGGGGAAUAAAAUCAAUACUCGAGCGAGUGGGGAACUGGAUUCCAUCAUGGGGUCUUUGUAAGUAUUGUAUUUUAACGUUGUCGUGCUCCAUAAUGGGAGCUGUCUCUCUCAUCAAUCGCCUCGAACCUUUUUCGCCCAAGGGAAAGACUUUCUUUCCAUCUUUCUCUGGAGUUGCUUUCUGAGUUGUUGCUUCUCUUCUUCCUCUAUAUCCAGAAGCCACGAGUCCCUGAAUCCUUGGGGGAAGUUCAAUAAUUCCAACUGCUUACGAGCCACUUUUGUUACUUUGGUGCAGUCCGCAUGGUUGAUUAUCUUAAAACCUGAGUGAUCUAGUUUGAUUCGUUGAUCCUAAGUUUUUUAGCUUUUCUUUCCUGUGGCAUCCCAAGGUUGAUGUUUACGAAGCCAUGCAACUGUAUCAUCAUCCUUAUUCCUUGGAUAGCCAAAAGGUGAGGCUUGCUUUGGAAGAGAGGGGCAUUGAUUAUACAUCAUACCAUGUCAAUCCUGUCACUGGCAAGAACAUGGAUUCCUCAUUUUUCCGGAUGAAUCCAAGCGCCAAACUUCCUGUUUUCCAGAAUGGAGCACACAUUAUGUUCGACACAAUAGAGAUUAUCCAGUAUAUAGAGAGAAUUGCAUCUGUCUCAUCGGGCAGUGAAAUAACCUUCAGCAGUGGAGAAGUUGUUGAAUGGAUGAACAAGAUACAAGACUGGAACCCCAAGUUUUUCACGCUAUCCCACAUCCCCGAGAAGUACCGUCUCUUUGUUUCUAAAUUCCUAAGGAGAGUGAUAAUUGCCCGGAUGGCUGAAUCUCCCGAUCUAGCUAGCGCUUACCACCGUAAGCUGAGAGAUGAAUACGACACAGAAGACAAGUUGAGAAGCCCAGAAGUCCUGAGACGGAGCGAGGAACAUCUGGUAAGCCUUCUUGAUGAAGUGGAGACACAACUGAGCGAGACACCAUAUCUAGCAGGGGAAGAGUUCACCAUGGCUGAUGUUGUGCUCAUCCCCGUGCUGGCUCGAUUGGAACUCUUGAACUUGCGUGAUGAGUACAUCAAUAGCCGGCCAAAUGUUGCCGAGUACUGGAACACGGUGCAGCAGAGGCCCAGUUAUAAGAAGGUAAUUGGAAGGUACUUCAAUGGCUGGAGGAGGUACAAGACCCUGUUAAGAACCAGAUGCUUCCUUCAGUUGAGAAGUAUGCUUAGAAAAUACUGAUAAAUGACAGUAUCCUAGAGGCCUUUGUUAUAACAAGAAGCAUGCUUUGAGGGAUUUCAGAGAAGAACAGAAAUAAUUGUACAGUAUGAGGUUCGGUUUUUCCUUCUUGGCCCUUCCUAUUUUAAGGGGCAGCAUUUAGGGUUUUAAUUUUUUUUUUUCCUGUUCUCCUUCAGAAAUGUUCCUUGAGAUGAUAUUGCACUAUUUUUCUGCCAAUAUUGUGAACAAAUUGGAUUAGAAUGAUUAGACUA